AAACGAUGGUAAAACUUUUCUGAGUUUCAACACGCUUAAAUAAUCACGCCCUAGUAAGGCUAAAAUUUUACUAGAGAGCAUAACAAAACAGUAAAGCAAUAGUCCGUACUGUAGCCAAGUCCCGAUUUUCUAUGUGUCUGUCAGAUGUGAUUACACCCGGAAGUACAACUCGUGACGCAGAAGAAAAUGUCCUGACUACCUGUUUACAAGGAAAUAAUGUUUCAUUACACGAUGUAAUAUUGACAACACACUUGAUGUAAUGGAGAUUAACUGUGUGAAAAACGUGAUGAAGAUGACUGGUUUUCAAGAUGUUGUGGCUGUGAGAUUUCCUUGAUUGACAACUCCUCUUUCAAAGAUGAUCCUGUUACUGAGUGAUAAAUUUGAUGAGGCUAGCAACUCUGGGAGAGCCAGCUUUGACUUUCUGCUCCCUACUGGGGUUCUUGUCCCCCUUGAGGUGGAUUUCUAUGCAUCUCUUGAUCAGAUUAAAGCGGCCUUGUGGCAGGAGGCUUCACGGUAUCCAUUAUCCUCAAAGUUAAAGGCUCCGACUUCAUACCAUUUCUCCUGUGUGAAUAAAGACAGUGUGAAAGAAGAACUUUUGGAUGAAAGCCAAUCGCUGUAUGAUGUUCGACCGAUGUGUUCAUUUCUCCGCCUGGUGGAAAGGGGAGAUAAUGAGAAGUAUCUUAGUUUGAAACGGCAGAUUCAUUCUCUUUUCGGCAAAGCUCUCAGUGGAUUGGAUGAUGUACCCAACUCUGAGGUGGCAGAUUUCAGACAGAACAUGGGCAAGUACUGUCAGGAUAUUGUCAGACAGCGCAACUGGCAGGGUCGAGAGAAUAGACUGCUCUACCUUUUCCCCCCCAGCUUACGAAAUACUGCCCAGUUGCCUGAACACCUGCAGAGUCGGCUGUCAAACCAUGCCUUUGUCAUCGUGGUCCGUUUCCAGUGUAAAAAUGGUGAGAGCUCGUCCUACACAGUGCGGGUUCCUGGGGAGAGCUUCCCAGAGGAGCUGAUCAGCCUAGUGUUCAGUAAGCGUGCCCUAAAAACUGGGGAGGUAGAGGAGAACCAGAAAGACUACAUCCUCAAGGUCAGCGGUCAGGAGGAGUUUAUUUACGGAGGAUACAAAAACUUCCACUUACAGCAGUUCAAGUAUAUGUACCAGUGUCUGGUGAGAAAUGUUUUGCCUGAUUUGAUUCUCUUACACAAGGAUGAUGUUUUAGGUACAGAUAUUCGGCCUCCUUUACCUCCACGCAUGAACAGUGUGCCCAGUAUCUGCUCAUUACCCUCCUACCCUAGCGGUUCCCUGCCCAAGGAGACCACAUCAUGGAGCGUCAAACAACCAGUACAGCUCACCAUUCACAGCGUCAGCAAUGUUGACUAUCCUGACAGCUGCAGAAUUCAGGUGGAGGCUGGACUUUUCCAGGGCAAUGAUUGUCUCUGCUCUAACCUUACCACGUCAGGCACUAUGGUUAUAAAUGCCAGUGCCACCUUCGAGCAAACCCUCACCUUUAAGAUGGAUGUGGAGGACUUACCUCAGUCCACAAGAUUGUGCUUUGCUGUCUGUAAAGGCAGGAGGAAGGGUGGUGAUGUACAGCCAGUGGCUUGGGGCAAUAUUCCUAUGUUUGAUUGGCGGUCGAGACUGCAGCGAGGAGAGAGAGUUCUGUACAUGUGGCCAGUCACAGAUGACAUGCAGUUCGUGGAAACUGUCUGUAACCCUAUUGGUACUGUGGCUCCAAACCCACAGGGAGAAAAGGGUACAAAACUCAGGGUCAAAUUCUCAGAUUACGGCAUCAAGGGUACCAUUGUUUUCCCAUCCUUUGACAAUGACAAUGGCCAGGGAGAGAGACAGGAGGAAUCAAUCUCAGACAAAGGAAACACUUCAAGGACAGGAAACAAUUUCCGUCGCUGCUUGGACGAGCUGCAGCAAGUGCUUGAUCGUGACCCACUUUAUUCCCUCCAUGAACAUGAGAGGGAUUUGAUCUGGAUGCUACGCUACGAGGUGAAGAAUCGUUUUCCUCAUGGACUUCCCAAACUGCUCAGUAGCAUGGACUGGACAAAGCACCCAGACGUGGAGGAGCUACAGCGAAUUCUCAAACAGUGGCCAAAGUUAGCCCCCGAGCGUGCACUUGAACUACUGGACUUUGCCUAUCCCGACCGCAAUGUGCGCGAGUUUGCUGUUAGCUGUCUAAAUCAGGCUCUCUCAGAUGAAGAUUUGUCUCAGUACAUGUUACAACUCGUGCAGGCCCUGAAGUAUGAAUCCUACCUGUCCUGCCCUCUGGUGGAAUUUCUGCUAACUAGGGCCAUUAACAAUCAACGAAUCGGUCACCAGCUCUUCUGGUUAUUGAAAGCAGAGACGGAAACGCCGAGUGUGGCUGUACAGUUUGGACUGAUUUUGGAGGUCUACUGCCAGGCAUGUGAAGACCACAUGAGGUCCCUCAUCAAACAGAAUGAGGCGCUUCAGAAGCUCAAGUCAGUCAAUGAACUGGUGCAGAGCGAGAAAUAUGGGGCAGGUGAAAAGAGACAGCGAGAGAAAUGCAUUAGUGACAUGAUGAAGGUUCUGAACCAAGUCUCCAUAAGGGAAGCCUUGUCCGAUAUUCAGUGUCCUCUUACACCAAGGCUUAAGCUUAAGACCCUAGUUGUAGAAAAGUGCAAGUUCAUGGACUCUAAGAAGCGUCCAUUAUGGCUGGUUUGGAAGAACGCUGAUCCUAGUGGCCCUGACAUUAAUAUCCUCUACAAGAAUGGAGAUGACUUAAGACAGGACAUGCUGACACUGCAGAUGAUUCAGAUCAUGGACAGUAUUUGGCAAGCUGAAGGGUUGGACCUCAGAAUGAAUCCGUAUGGAUGCUUGGCAACAGGAAAGGAAACUGGAAUGAUUGAAGUUGUGCAAAAGUCUGAGACCAUCGCUAAUAUUGUGAGGUCGUAUGAUCGCACCACUUUCAACAGAACUUGUCUGUAUGACUGGAUCAAGGCAAAUAACCCUAUUGAUAAGUGGGACCAGGCUGUAGAGGAGUUCACGCUCUCCUGUGCUGGCUACUGUGUGGCCACAUAUGUCCUGGGGGUGGGGGACAGGCACAGUGACAAUAUCAUGCUGAAGCAGUCCGGUCAGCUAUUCCAUAUUGAUUUUGGUCACUUUCUGGGGAACUUCAAGAUGAAGUUUGGCGUGAAGCGUGAGCGAGUGCCCUUUGUGCUUACUAAUCAUUUUGUUUAUGUGAUAACGAAGGGUCACAGUCAGCAGCACCAGCACUUUGAGAGGUUCCGUAAAUAUUGUGAGCAGGCAUACCUGAUUCUGAGGAAGAAGAACCAUCUGCUGAUCACGCUGUUUAUGUUGAUGUUGUCCACGGGGAUUCCCCAGCUCACAUGUGUUCAGGACAUUGACUAUAUCCGCGUGGCCUUGGCCUUGAACAUGACAGAGACUCAGGCCAUCAAACAUUUCCGUGAGAAAUUUAAUGAGGCCCUACGCAACAGCUGGAAGACCAGCGUCAACUGGGCAUUCCAUGCACGUGCGAAGAACAACGGCUGAUUGUGCAGGACCAUUUCAGGAGCUGGUCGUCAGUGUGAAACAUAUGAUGAUUGGUCAAUCCUUUGGUGAUCAACAUGAAGUCUUUGUGUCUGAUCAGUAAUGGCCGUGUCUAAUCAUAAUGAUUGAUGUGUUAUGUUCAUGGCCUUUGUCCAGUUACUCUGACCAGUCAUGGCAAAUUACAUUUGAUAUGCUUUAGAAAUUUUAUAACAGAGAUAGACUUUUUAUCUUUCUUGAAAAGAAAACAUUGCUAAUGAGAGUCUAUUUAUUGGUUUUGUAACAAAACAAAAAAAAUGCCAUCAUUAGUCAUUUUCACAGCUAACUCUACAAAAUGUAUUUGAAAUAAAUUAUUUACCUGUAAUUCAGAGUGAGCUAGGAUUUUAAGGUAAAGUAUUUUUAGAAUUGUCAAAUGACUGAAAUAUUAAUAUUUACUAUGUCACAUUCAUAAAAUGUUAUAUACCUACAUGUAAUGUCUUCAUUUAUACCCAUACACAUGUAACUGGGUAAAAAGAUAGACCUCUGUGGGUUUAUAUGGCCAAACUACUAUAUUCCAUUGCUUCAAAAAAUAUUUUUGAAUGUUGUGUUUUGAGUACGUAACUAAUGUAACCGUACGUGUAAAUUUAACAAAAACAAGGGUGCACUUUUUUCAUACAUGCACUUGUAUGAAUUUUCAACAAAUUAAUAUGAUUUUUUUAUAUGAUAUUCAUUUUAUUAUGAAUCAGUACUAAUUGAGUUUCAAGUUAUCAGCCUUUUGUAUAAAUUGUUCAAUUUUGGAAGUGCAAAUAUGGCGGUGAAUUUAUAUCACUGUUUACUUUAGAUCAUGGACAUAGUGCACUGUGUAGAAGUCUUGCGUGUUCAUGUUAUGCUGAGAUGAGGUCAGAUUUAAAGUUUAGAUGCAUGUACUUGAAAGAUUAUUCACAGUACUAUAAUUUUUAUAUAAAAUGAAGUGUGUUUGUUUCAGAACCCCUCAGUACAGAUUAAUGCCCUUGUAGAUGUCCAUUAAUAAGGCUGAAUAUAGUGAAGAUAUAGUGAGACAGAAAAAAAAUGAUUGACAGAGUUAGCGUACAAUCAAUAAAUGUGGACAACUAGAGGUAUAAAUAAUUCAUGAUAGAAAGAGAUCUUUCGUUUAAGAUGUACCUAUAUAUAAAUAUCGAAAACUAUGCAAUUAUGAUGUAGUAUAGACAUUGAAAGCUUGAUUUACUUUUCCAUAACGUCUGUGUUUACGGAGACUCUGGUGGUAAUUAUCAACCAGACCGCAAAGAAAAACAUGAAUUCUUAAGUAAGCGCGCUUUUUUUACGGCCAUAGGUUUGCAAGGAGUCGCAGCCAAAUAGGAACGAAACAUAUAUUCCUAUGAUAUAAGUGAGAAAAAAAAAUGUAUUAAAAUGUUACAUUCCAUCUUGUAUACCAUUUAUGUCAGUUGUAAUACGUUUUAUUUUAUUGUGGUACAAAGUGAGGAUUGUAUAUGAAGCAUUGUUGGAAGAUGAGCUGAAACCACAGCUGG